AUGAUUCGCCUCUUCCUCUUGGCCACGCUCACCUCUGUAUGCAACGCUGCAGUCAUCGUCAGCGGGGCAGACUGGCGGGACACCAGUGGGAACAUCAUCCAAGCUCAUGGCGGAGGCAUCUUGAAGCAGGUGGACUCGACAUACUACUGGCACGGGGAAGACAAGACGCACAACAGUGGCCUCUUCCGAGCGGUGACUUGCUACUCCUCCACUGACCUGAUGACAUGGACACGCCACAAUGAUGCCCUCACACCGAUACCCAACUCGAAUAUAUCUACCUCCAUGAUUGUGGAGCGACCAAAAGUCAUCUACAACCGCCGUAAUGCGGAAUACGUCAUGUGGUUCCAUUCAGAUUCCUCUAACUACGGUGCUGCGCAAGUCGGAGUAGCGACCUCCCGAACCCCUUGUGGUCCCUACUCUUGGCGAGGUAGUUUCCGGCCGCUUGGUGCAGAGUCUCGGGAUAUGGGUGUUUUCCAGGAUGACGACGCGGAGCAAACGUCCUACCUUCUCUACGCAUCUGACAAUAACCAGAACUUCAAGAUUUCUCGGAUGGAUAGCAACUACUAUAACGUCGUUACGCAAGUUGCUGUUAUCCCUCGAUCCACCCUUGAGUCCCCGGGAAUCAUCAAAAGAAACGGCGUCUACCACCUCUUUGCCUCGAAAACCACAGGCUGGAAUCCAAACGCCAAUAAGGUUCUUACCGCCUAUUCUCUUUCUGGUCCUUGGUCUGGCGAAACCGACAUCGCCCCGCCAGCCACCCGUACAUACUUCUCCCAGAAUACCUUCAACCUUCCCAUCAGCCAGAACUUUGCCGUCUACAUGGGUGAUCGAUGGAGGCCACAGCAGCUCGGUGGUAGCCGCUAUGUCUGGUAUCCACUAGUCUGGACUUCUGGUCUUCCUCGCAUUUUGCCGGCCGAUGUAUGGAGUGUAAAUCUCGCCGCCGGAACUUACACCGCAGACGCAGGCACCAGCUAUGAAGCAGAAGCAGGUACAUUAUCAGGCCCAGCUCGUCUGCUCAGCAACAGCGGAUUCUCUGGCGGGAGAUCCGUUGGCUACAUUGGUAAUGGAGGAAGUGUGACAAUUAACAAUGUGCAAGGCCUCGGCCGUGAACAGUGGAUUUCGCUCUACUAUGCCAAUGCCGAUUCCUCUUGGAGAAACACGACCGUCAGUGUAAACGGUGGAGCAGCGGUCGUCGUUCAGGAACCCAAUACCGGAGGAAGCGGAGUUGUCCUAUCUGCCCCCGUGAAGCUGUUCCUCAGGAGCGGUGCAAAUUCUAUCACCAUCGGUGCCAACCAGAGGAAUUACGCUGCUGAUCUGGAUAGGAUUGUUGUCUACACGGCAAGUUGA